AUGCACACCCGCUUGCGAUCCUUGUUUUUCCUCUCCUGUUCGGAUCCAAAAAACCCUAGCCUCAUCACCGUCCUGGUGCUCGCCUUCAGCAUGGUGUUCCCGCCCAAGGCCACGGCCGACGACGCCAUGCUGCAGUGGUUCGCGCUGGCGCCCGCCGACCCGGCGUCUAACUCCACCAUCUCCUUCAACGUCACCGCCACGGUGUCGCUCCGGAACCCCAACAUGUACCGGGCCAUCGAGUACGGCGCGCUCGCCAUGACCUUCUCCUUCAACGGCACCCGCUUCGACGACUCUGCGUCCGUGCCAGGGUUCAAGCACAAGGCGCGGAAGACGGCGACACAGAGCAUGAGAGUCAGCAGCGUGGGCAAGCCCAUCAAGCUGACCAGGCCCAGGGUGGGUGAGUUCCGGGCGGAGAAUGACACAGGCAGCUUCGGCGUGGAGAUGCGGCUGGACACGGUGCUCCAGUACAAGGGCCGGUCCCACCCCACCUCGCGUCGUCGCAACCAAGCGAUGCAGGAAGUUUGUCUCCACCACGCCCUGCCCCAGGCGCUUCGACCUCCACCUCCACAUCCGUCGAGAGCACGACGCGGGCAAGACGGAGCCGUCGUCGAGCUCACCGUGCACGACCGCCUCUGUGACGCUAGCGACCGGUCCCAGGCCGACCCAAACCAGUGGCCCGCCGUCAUGCAGUUUCGCCAGCGCGCAUCGUGCAGUUGCGCCAGCACCAUGCCUAGGUGA